GCCAGGGGAGGCCCCAGGAGCUGUAGGGAGAUGCAGUUCGGCUGCCUCUCCUUCCGGCAGCCUUACGCAGGUUUCGUCUUAAACGGGGUCAAGACCAUGGAGACGCGUUGGCGUCCUCUGCUGAGCGGCCACCGGAACUGCACCAUCGCCGUCCACAUCGCCCAGAGGGACUGGGAAGACGCCGCGUGGAGGAGGCUGCUGGUGGAGAGGCUGGGGAUGGCCCCCGCUCAGAUUCAGGCCUUGCUUCGGGAAGGGGAAAAGUACGGCCGUGGCGUGAUAGCUGGCAAGUGAUGAUAGGCCAGAUGCUGCUCAGACAACCUCCAGGGGCUAAGGCCGCGGGAUCUAGCUCGGGAGUUUUGUGGCUUGUUUUCUUUCGAACUGCUUGGUGUGUGAGCCGAGCGACACACCGUUCAGAGGGGCAGCAGGGGGCCGUGGGCUGGGGGGGGGGGAGUUGCCGAGGUCCCACGACCUCCGGGGGACCCUGCGUCCGCUCUGGGCCUCGGUUCCCAUUUUCGAUCUGAGAGGCAGGGACAGCUUCCGAGUCUCCACGUGGCACUGGCCUGUGCGUGUGUAUGUGUACACCCGUGUGUUUGCGCGCGAGUG